AUUAUGAGAUCAAGAGAAGAACCGGAGCGGCAAACAAAAAGGGACAUGGAAGAAAGAACAGUAACUAUAGAAAUCCCUGAAGUUCUGAAGAAGCGGCUUGAGGAUGAUUGUUACUACGUGAACAGGAGGAAACGGUUAGUGAGACUUCCAUGCCGGACCAACAUCAUCACUAUUCUGCAAUCCUACGUGAAGCACUUUGCUGUCAGUGUGGCCUUUUCAGCCAACGAGAGUCCUCGUCCCCACCACGCUACGAUGCACCCGCACAUGACUGUGCGUUAUAUCCCAGCAGAGAAGAACGUUCACCUUUGUAAGGAGAUGGUGGAUGGAUUAAGAAUAACCUUUGACCACACUCUCCCGUUGGUUUUGCUCUAUCCACAGGAACAAGCUCAGUAUAGAAAGGUGACUUCACCUGAAUUUGUUCUUCCAGUUAAGGAGAGGGCCACCACUACUAACAGGAGCCAGGAGGCGCUCCCUCCCAGCCAGCCUUUGUUGAAGCCGUCCACGCCGCGGUCCCCAGAGAGUCAGCCGGCCACCCCCAAAAGGCGCCAGGCCGAGCCGGCGGCGCUGCCGUCCCCGAGGCGGCCCACGCGCCACACGGCCAACUGCGACAGGCUGCCGGAGAGCAGCGCCUGGCCUCAGCCCGAGCGCCCGCAGCAGGACCCGUCGGCCGGCGUGCCCCGGCGGUUCCUGCGCCUGGAAAAGAAGGCGCCUGCGCACAGCGCAUCGUCUUCGCCGGCUCCUCUGACUCCGGGCAAGGAAGGGAGUGCUGUGUUCCCCGGCUUUGAAGGGAGAAGAACUAACGAAAUGAACGAAGUCCUCUCCUGGAAGCUCGUGCCCGACAGUUACCCCGCAGGGGACCAGCCGCUUCCACCGUCUUAUAUUUAUGGGGCACAACAUUUGCUGCGAUUGUUUGUAAAACUUCCAGAUAUCCUUGGAAAGAUGUCCUUUUCUGAGAAGAAUCUGAAGGCUUUGCUGAAACACUUUGAUCUCUUUCUGAGGUUUUUAGCAGAAUACCACGAUGACUUCUUCCCAGAAUCGGCUUAUGUCGCCGCCUCCGAGGCGCAUGACAGCACCAAGAACCCCAGGGCAGUUUAUUAA